AACUUUCACAAGCGCCUCGAUAGCAGCAGCAGCAGCACCUUUAAGAAGCAGUCUAAACAGAGAGAAAAUGAACGGCAUAGAAGAGGAAUCAAUGGCACCACAGACGUUCCUUUACGGGUGCGUGCUUGAAAGUGGAAAGGAGGUGCUCUUCAACCCGGAGGACGAUGAAUUUGAGCAUCAGCUGGAUCUCAGGAUGGCCUGCGUGGACCCGAGUACGGCAGAUGAACUUCACAUGGUGGAGGUUGAAGGACAAGACUCAGAGGGUCAGAAAAUCAAAGCAGUGUUGGUCUCACUUAAGCCCUCAACCCUGCCAAGUGUGUGUCUCGGCGGUUUCACUAUCACACCCCCAGCAGUUUUCCGUCUGAAGACCGGCGCUGGUCCAAUCCACAUCAGUGGACAACACCUAGUCAUGAUGGACGCAGACCAGUCCUUUGAAGUAGAUGACGACGAUGAGGAGGAGGAGGAGGAGGAGGAAGAAGAGGAGGAAGAUGUCAAAUUGUCAAAGAAAAGACCCGCUUCCUCUCCUGCCCUCAAGUCUCAGAAAAAGAUUAAAAUGGAUAUUGACGACGAAGAUGAUGACGAUGAAGAUGAUGAUGAGGAGGAUGAUGAUGAGGAGGAGAGUGAGGAAGAGUCACCUGUUAAGGCCAAACCGGCUGCUUCCAAAAAAAACGCUGCAUCCCAGAAUGGCAAGAACUCUACUCAGAACACUCCCGCCAAGAAGCAGGAGAAGACCCCUAAAGGAAAGGGUGCCAAGUCGCCUAAGACCCCCCCUAAAGCACCUCUACCACUCCCCGAGCUUAAAGCCAAGCUGAUGGAGGCAGUGAAUAAGGGAGUAACAUUACCCAAAAUCCAGCCCAAGUUUGAGAACUUCGUGAAGAAUGGUCAUCAUGUCACAGACCCCAAGAUGGUUGCCGAGCUGUGGAAGUGGAGACAGGCCAUGAAGGAUACUAAAUAACUGUCUGCAGAGUUCUUUUUAUGACCAGUUUAUACCCACAGCACCUCUCAAUCCCUCUGAAACUAAACUUGAUGAUUCUAAACCUGGUCGGAUGUCUGUCCUCAGUCGGCCUCACUAGGGGAGAAUAUCAUUUGCUUUACUAAACCAGCAUACCAAUUUGCAAUCGUGUAAAAUUCACAUUAGAUUGUUGGGCAGCACAUGUUUUUCAUUUUGUUUUAAACAGAAAUAGUUACGGUUAAUUCAGACUUUUGCCGGCAAAAACCACGUGCAGGACUAGCAACAAAGCAGCUCAGGAAACAUUCAGGUGACAUCAGCAUUUGGAGCAGAAAUCUUUGGCUGACAUUAAUGAUCUCAAUGGUGAAACUCCUUGGCUUUCAUUAAUUUUGCAUGUGUUUUUCACCAUGAUCAUGAAUAAUUGCACUUUUGGAAAUGUUUUGAAUGUUAAUGCUGUUGAGAUUCCUGAGGUCAAGACCCCGUAACAUAAAUUCAUUCAUGUGUUUAACCGUCCGAAAGUAAUGAAACAUUUUGUAUAGCGCUGCUUUAACCUUUUGGUGAGAAAAUGUCCCACACAUGUAAUCCUGUGGUUGGUCUGUUUCCAUUCCUUGCGUUGCAAUGACUACACCCCAUUAGGUCAAAGGUUAGUAACUAUCCGUUGUUGUAUGCAUGAAGGAAUCCAGCUUUUCUAUUUUGAGUUGCAAAUGUCCACUUGCACUCAAGUUUGAGGCUUCAUCCCUGUUAGAGCCAAAUAUCCAUGUUCUUAAACUAGUGUAAAUUUGUACGAGUUGAGCUAUGCUGCGAGUUUAGUGCAUGAAGUGAAAUACGGAUUAUCUACAGUUCAAGUUCUCUAUCGUGGAGAUCAGAAUUUUACUUUUUUUUUUAAGAUGAAUGCAGGUUUUGCAACAAUGUACUUUCCAUUAAAGUUUCAACCGAAAUCCACUA